CUGGUAUCAUAACUAAAAUACUACUCUUUGCAGUCCAGAUAUGCAAAACCGCGAAGGGUGGUCAGGUGUUGGUGAUGAAAGGACACAGAUUCCAUCGAGAAUACGGAAGAGUUGGAAGGAGUUAUUGGAGAUGUACAAAAAGGGUGAUGCACGGAUGUAAAGCUACCAUCAGGAUUAUUAACGGUCAUAUUUAUCCUCUGGAUGAAAAAGUGAAGGCAAAGAAACGGCAAGAAAUUUUGGAGAAGAAAAAGAUAGCUGAAAGAGCGAGAUACGAGCGCAUUAAGAGCGAUCCGCUCAAAUAUGCAAAAUUGUUAGAAAAAUACAAAAAGAAAUAUGAAAGCCGGAAGCGAAGAGGAGUUGUGAAACUUGUUAAAGACAUGACAGAAGAAGAGCUACAAGAGGCCAGAAGAGUUUGGAGAGCUAAAGCAGCUGCCUACAGAAAAAAAAUUACUUAAAGAAAUAAACAUUUAUUUAAUAAAUACUCUUAUAAUAAGAAAAUCGUAUAAAAACACGGCGUAUAUAUGAAAUGCACAAUAAAAAAGUUAAAUGUUCCCCAGCACGUGACAGAAAAUAUAAUUAAUUAAUAUAUUGCACAUCAAACGUUUACCCUUUACAUGUAAUUACCUUUUUAAAUCAGAAUUAUUUCAUUCAACAAUAAUUAUGGGACAUUCGUCUGUAAUUAUGCAAAAAAAGAAUGGCAAAAAAAUUAAACAGUCUUAUUUAUUUUUGUAAAUAGUAGCUAGACUGUUUUUUUUUGUUAAAUUUUUGUUUUCUAAUAAAAAAAUCUUUAUUUU